ACAAAAUUUAAUAAAAUAUGGGUGAUGACUAUGGUUUUGAUAAAGUGAGAUUCACAAAUUACAAAGAGGACAUUUUUGAUUGUCCAAUUUGUUCAUGUGUUGCUAGACUUCCAAAAGAUUGUAGUUGUUGCGGAACAGUAUUUUGUGGUCCUUGUGUAGAUUCAUGGUUAAAAAAAUAAUCGUAAUGCAAUAACUAAAUUAUUUAGCGAAUGUAUUAAUAGGUGUCCGAAAAAUUCAACUAUCUAAAAUAUUUAAAAAUCUCUUAAAAAAAUAUAUGAUGAUCUUGAAAUUAGAUGUAAUCUUUAAAUUAGAAAAUUAGGUUCUUAUUGUCCAAAAUCAUUUAAAAUUGCAGAGAUUGAAAAACAUGAAAUAAAUUGCAAAUUACCGAAAUGUGUAAAUUAUGAGGUUUGUGGGAAUAUAGUAGGGUCAACAUAUGAAUUUGAAAACUUUAAAGUAAUAUGUAGUCAAUAUAUUUAGGUUUGUGAUCAUACAUGUAUGUUAAUGAGUAAGAUUAAAUAAACUAAGAAUAAAUUAGAUCUUUAUGCUUGCUUAAAAUAAUAUGUAAAAGAUAGAUAAAUAGGUUAAUAAGUUUAAAGUAAACUAAUAAUAUUAUACUUUAGCUAAUCAAUUAGGUUUAAAUUCAGAUUAAGUAAAUCCAAAUAUUCCUGUUUUUAAAUGGGAUAGAUAAAGAAUGGGAACUGGAAUAGUCUCUUCAGAUGGAGACACAAGAAUAUUUUUAAAAGAAUAAGCCUACAUGUUUAGAACCGCAGUCGCUACUUAUGGCUUUGAAAAGGGUAUUGGAUAUUGGGAAAUUGAAGCAGAUGAUAAAACAGAAAAUGAAUUAAAGAUUGGAGUGUCUACUUGCAGAGAUUUUAAUUAUAAUACUGCAUUUUGUGACUUUGAAUUUGGAUGGGCUUAUUAUGGAUUAGCAUAAGUAUAAUCUAUAAUUUAGGAAUUAAUAGUUACGUCAUAAUAGUAAUGCUACUGGACCAUCUUUUGGUAAGAGAUUUAAGAAAGAAGGAAUUUUAGGAGUAUGUUUAAAUAUGAAUACUGGAACUUUAAAAUUUAGUUUAAAUGGAGAAUUAAUGGGAACAGCAUACACUGAUGAAAAAUUAAAAUAAGGUCCAAUAUAUCCAGCUGUAUCAUUACUUCACUGCGCAGGAUGUAAAAUAAUAACUGGUAAACCUAUUCCAGCAAUAUUUUUGAAUUGA